AUGGAGAUACAGCCGCUGCUACAGACACAUCUACUGCAACGUGAGACUGCUGCUGGUGCAAGACCAUCGGCUUCUGGAGCCAAGCGCACGACAUUGACGCGCAACCGAAACUACAACCAGGAAGGGAAGUAUCGGGGAGUGAGGAAGCGAGGGGAGUUCAAGUACGUUGCAGAGAUUAAAGACACCACUAUUGGAGUCCGCAGGUGGCUGGGCACGUUUACCAGUGCAGAGGAGGCUGCUCGGGCGUUUGAUGAAGCUUCUUUUGGCCUCCGAGGAUCAAAUGCAAAGCUUAACUUUCCAAAAGAGUAUAUCACGGAAAGGGGAGGAGUACUGAGUUCUGCCAAUCCUCCAGAGUUAGGAGCAGCUACGACGCAAACGGCAGGAAGGGAGGCAGGUAAUAUUGCUAAGAGUAAUGGCCUGGGAGUUCCAAGGAAUAAGGAGUCUUUACCAGGAAAGGUGGAGACGGGCUGCUCUACGAGCUCUGGCGCUCUGGGAGCUCUGAAAGGGAAGGACGAGAAAUAUGCUGUAGAUGCUGUGGAAGGGCGAUUUGUGGGAGUAGACGUGAGCCAGCUAAAGUCGUUUGGAGAGGGAACAAGUAGGGCGGUGGGUGCGGUGGCAGCAGAAGCAGGCGGAGGGUCAGGGGCUGUACUAGGGUCAGCGUUACUAGUUGAAGUUGCAGGCGAGGGAGAAGGAGGAGGAGGAGGAGGAGGAGGAGGAGGAGGAGGAGGAGGAGGAGGAGGAGGAGGAGGAGGAGGAGGAGGAGGAGGAAGGGGGGUAGGAGGGGUGUGCAUAGCAGCAGAAGCGUCAGCAGUCAGUGAUCGGAAUGGACCAGCUUAUUCUCCUGAUUGCGGCUCCACUGUCAGCAGCAGCAGCUCCGACAGAACUGCCCCUUUCGCCUCUGCCCCUUCUCCCUCUGUCCCCUUCUCCUCUGCCCCUUUCUCCUCUGCCCCGUCUGCUUCUGUCGCUUUCCCACACUCCACCCUUCCUGCCACCUCUGCUCCUUCCACCUGCACCGAUGUGCUACACUCCACCCUUCCUCCGUCCACCGCCCCUUCCACCUCUGCCUCUUUCCUAUACUCCACCCUUCCUGUUACAUCUACCUCUUCCACCUCCAGCGAUGUGCUACAUUCCAGCCUUCCUCCUUCUACUGCCCCUUCCAUCUCUACUUCUUUCCUACACUCCACCUUUCCUGUUGCCUCUGCCCCUUCCACCUCCACCGAUGUGCUACACUCCACCCGUCCUGCCACCUGGGAUUACAAUGUCGCAGUAUCUGGGAAAUUGAUGAUGCAAGGAGGGGAUGCAUCAGUGCAAGGAGCAGAGGAGAUGGUGGAGGUACCCUACAUGACAACGGCGGGCCCAGCUUCAAACAUGCUCACAAGCUGGCAUGCUGAAAUGAUGCAGCAUGCGCCUGCCAUGGUGCCCCCGUUUGAGUCGCUCUGGAGGCAUGACCAUGGCAUGCAGUAUGGGUUUACCAUGUCCCGCAUGUCAUCUAUAUGUGUCAGACCGCCGCGUCAGCGUCACCAGACACAACGGCUGCAGCAGCGACAGUGGCGGCGGCGGCGGCAGCAGCAGCAGCAGCAGCAGCAGCAGCAGCAGCAGCAGCAGCAGCAGCAGCAGCAGAAGCAGCAGCAGCAGAAGCAGCAGCAGCAGCAGCAGCAGCAGCAGCAGCAGCAGCAGCAGCAGCAGCAGCAGCAGCAGCAGCAGCAGCAGCAGCAGCAGCAGCAGCGACAACAGGGGCCGCAGCAGGGUCAGCAGCAGCAGCACCAUGCGUCAAGCUUCUGGCAACAAAAUUAUCUGGAUUUGACAUCUGGCAGGAGGGGUAAGGCAGCUGCAUGUAGCCCUUCUGCAGACCCCACGAGUUCACCUUCUCCCAUGGAGGAGUGGAGGGAGCAGCAGGCGAUUAAAAGCCACACCCCAGACUUGCUAAACAACCACACAGCUAACAAUAUUUCCAGGCCUUCACUCUCCGAUUCUCUACUCACCGCCCAUCACAAGCCGCAUUCCGAACCUGCACCUCUGAUGUUUCGAAGCCAUAGCGUCUCUUCCCCGUUGGAGCUGCGGGUUUCCAGUUCUUCAACCCCUGAGUCCCAGUCGUCUGUGGGAAACACUGGUGGUGUAGGUGAUUUGAGUGCUGCAAGUAAUGCUGGUGCUACUUGUGGUAUGGGUGUUGUGGGUGCCAAGGGUGAUGGAGAUCGCGUGGUUAGCAGUGUGGAUGUUGCUUCCAGUGUCGCCGGUGGUGCCAGCGUUGCUGGUGCUGCAGGUAAGGCCGGUUUUGCCAGUGUUGCUGGUGCUGACCGUCAGGACCAGCAGCAGCAGCAGCAGCAGCAGCAGCAGCAGCAGCAGCAGCAGCAGCAGCAGCAGCAGCAGCAGCAGCAGCAGCAGCAGCAGCAGCAGAAGCAGAAGUGGCAGCGGCAGCAGCAGCAGCAGCCGCAGGGGCGGCAGCAGCAGCAGCAGCAGCAGCAGCAGCAGCAGCAGCAGCAGAAUUGGCAGCGGCAGCAGCAGCAGCAGCAGCAGCAGCAGAAUUGGCAGCGGCAGCAGCAGCAGCAGCCGCAGGGGCGGCGGCAGCAGCAGCAGCAGCAGCAGCAGCAGCAGCAGCAGCAGCAGCAGCAGCAGCAGCAGCAGCAGCAGCAGCAGCAGCAGCAGCAGCAGCAGCAGCAGCAGCAGCAGCAGCAGAAGCAGCAGCAGCAGCAGCAGCAGCAGCAGCAGCAGCAGCAGCAGCAGCAGCAGCAGCAGCAGCAGCAGCAGCAGCAGCAGCAGCAGCAGAAUUGGCAGCGGCAGCAGCAGCAGCAGCCGCAGGGGCGGCAGCAGCAGCAGCAGCAGCAGCAGCAGCAGCAGCAGCAGCAGCAGCAGCAGCAGCAGCAGCAGCAGCAGCAGCAGCAGCAGCAGCAGCAACAGCAGCAGCAGCAGCAGCAGCAGCAGCAGCAGCAGCAGAAUUGGCAGCGGCAGCAGCAGCAGCAGCCGCAGGGGCGGCAGCAGCAGCAGCAGCAGCAGCAGCAGCAGCAGCAGCAGCAGCAGCAGCAGCAGCAGCAGCAGCAGCAGCAGCAGCAGCAGCAGCAGCAGCAGCAGCAGCAGCAGCAGCAGCAGCAGCAGCAGCAGCAGCAGCAGCAGCAGCAGCAGCAGCAGCAGCAGCAGCAGCAGCAGCAGCAGCAGCAGCAGCAGCAGCAGCAACAGCAGCAGCAGCAGCAGCAGCAGCAGCAGCAGCAGCAGUGCCAUGCAUCCUGCGUCUUGCAAAGAGGCUCUUUUUAUCUGAUGUCUGGAAAGAGGAGCAAGGCAGCUGCAUGGAGCCCUUCUUCAGACCUUACAUGUGCACCCGAUGCUGCUGUUGGCGGUGCUGAUGUUGUCGGCGGUGAUCAGCAGAAGCAGCAGCAGCAGUCACAUGCCCUGCAGCAGUCACAUGCCCUGCAGCAGAAUGAGUUGCAAUUAGUGCAGCAGCAAGAGCAAUGCCACCACCGCCACCAGCAUCUUAUGCAGCGGCAGCAGCAAGUGCCCCUUGCGAACUUCCAUCCAGCCUGCCCACCCCUCAAACAGUCUCUUACCCCCACAAUUCCUUCUGCUCCGAACUCCACCCUCACAGCUGCUACCAGUAUUGCUGCUAACGUUUACGGAGGCAGUUGUGUUGCUGCCAGCGCUGCUGCUGGCGCAGCUGCACCCAUUGCUAGUUGCGCUGCUGCAGGAGUUCCGAUCAUUCCUCCUCCCGCCUCUCCACCCACCAUCUUUGAUUGUACUACCAGCUUGCAUGGAUUCUAUAGCACAGAGCAGGGCUGUAUUGAAGCCGUGGAGCAUGCUGUCUUUGAGAAAACUAUCUGCAUGGAGAUUGGAGGUGCGGACAGCAGUGGUGGAGCAGUUCUCAUGCACAACUGUACAGCAGCAGGCUUUGAAGUGCCGUACAGUGUUGUUGCUGCAGAGCAUCCCAGUGGGGAGCAGACUGGCCUGGACCAGCCUAGUACGAAUCAGCCUAGUGCCGAACAACCUAGUGUGGACCAGCCUUGUGUGGACCAGCCUAGUGUGGACCAGCCUAGAGUGGACCAGCCUAGUGUGGACCAGCCUAGUGUGGACCAGCCUAGUGUGGACCAGCCUAGUGUGGGCCAGCCUAGUGUGCACCAGCCUAGUGUGGGCCAGCCUAGUGUGGGUCAGCCUAGUGUGGGCCAGCCUAGUGUGGGCCAGCCUAGUGUGGGCCAGCCCGGUGGGGAACAGGAUUGCAAACACCAUGCGUGCGCAGCCCAGCCUAUUCUGGAACUGCUCUGUGCUGAGAAGCUGUUUGCUGCUCAGCCUACUUCUGGCGAACUGUGUUCUGCCCAGCAGCAUAUCAUGGCAGAUUUGGACCUUCCUCUUCCUCACUCCUCAGUGGAUCUGCUGCUUCUUGAGGAUGAGCAGCACUCUGCAUUUGCUGCCAUGGAUCUCACAACCCCAUUUUCUCACAUCGAGCAAACAGGUUGUUGCGCCUUUGAGAAUUCUGUGUGCUCUGUCCCUUUUAUAGGAGCAACAGGUGUAGGAUUGGAUGUUGGGGGGGAGGCUAUGGAUGUGGGAGGGAUGGGAUAUGCAGAAGAUCUUCAGCAUCUGACUGUGAGUGCCACUGAUGCUGGAAUCCGCACCAUUGAUCCGCUAGAAAUGUUCUUGAUGGAUGAUGGGGAAUAA